AUUCUGUUCCUGAGGAAGGAACAUCCGCGCAAUGCUUGUACCGAAACCUCUCCGGCGCUUUGUUGCUGCCGCUAUUUUUCUCCUGCUCCUCCUGGGCUGGAAACUAUUAGCACGAGACAGGGAGCCUGACUUCAAGCAUAUCCGCCAUCAGUACCCCAUGCUCCUGCGGUACAUUGAAGGCAAAAAGGGCAGUGGUGGAGCUUGGCACAUCCCCGAGUCCUGGACGAGAGACUCGCCAACAACCCCGGCCCCGCAAUCCAUCAUCGGCGCCGCAGACCUCGCCUUGAAUCUCACCUCCGAAGCACAUCGACAACUACCCCGCUCUGCCAUCCCACGCAUCAUACACCAGACAUGGAAGGAUACCAGGGUGGAGACGUGGCCAAGCACGUUCCGCAACAGCGCAGAGAAGUGGCUUGCCGUCGUGGACGAGGGUGACCUAGCCUAUAUGUUCUGGGACGACGAGGGCGUUGCACAGUUCAUCCGGUACUUUGAGCCAGAUCUCGAGGCGGAGUUCUACGCGCUCCCGACCAAGGUCGAGCAGUCGGAUGUCUUUCGCGUCCUUGUUUGCAAGUGGCUCGGUGGUGUUUACGUCGACAUGGACACCGAACCCCUGCAGUCCCCGCUACACUGGAUCUCCCAACUCGACAUCACCCCCUGGACAGACCUCCAAACCGGGCGCACCUACGUCUCCUCGGAGCCCGUGCGCGCCAUCGUCGGCAUCGAAGCCGACAACGACCCCAGCAGCGACACGUACUGGCGCAUGGGCUACUUCUACCCCGUGCAGCUCACACAGUGGGCCUUUGCGUUCGCGCCGCACCACCCGAUCCUCACGCAGUUCAUCGAGCACCUCUUUGAAUACGUCCGGGACAUCGCCAGGAAGCAUGAUGGGGAUUUGAACUCGGAAGCGACGCAGCUUGAACUCGCGGGCAUUGAUCCCGUUAAUGUGACGGGGCCGAUUGCGUUUACGGAUUCCGUAAGUAGCUGGUUGAAGGGCAAGGCGGAUCUGCGCUGGAAUGCGAUGACCGGGUUGGAGGAUGGCGGGAAGAGCAAGUAUGUGGAGGAUGUGCUGGUUUUGCCGAUUACGGGGUUUAGUCCCGGUCGGGGGUGGAAAGGAAACAUGGGCUCGAAACCAAUCACGGACCCCUCAGCACGGUUGUAUCACCACGCGGAGGGGUCCUGGAGAAGGAUCAGUAUCUCUGUCGAAUAUGGCAAGUUCUGUCGGACGGUGUUUGGUCUGUGUAAGGAUUGGUCCAAGAUUUCGCAUGGCGGGUUCUUUUCAUGACUUGUUUCUUUUGUCUAUAAAAAAUGUAUGAUAUGCACACAGAUACCAGUGUAAUACUAUAUGUGCUCAAGGUUCAUACGCGCGGCAUAGGUCAAGACCAUCUCAGCUUUGUGUCGUUACCAAUGCCAGACUGCGAGAAUGUCCGAAUGGUGUCUGUUGGCCUCUCCCAGAAACUUGCCCAUGCGUCCUUCCCCGAGCCCAACAAGAGUUUCGGGCUCGCAGGGCAAACUUAUGGCUGGCUGGGUGAC